AGUUCUAAAAUUCUUUUGAGGACGAAAAACGCCUAAGAUUGCCAUUAAUUUGAAAUCUAUGGCCGCCCAAACGGAGCAGGAAGAGGAGCCUGUGGUGAAUAUUGUGGUUGCAGUGGAUGAGAGCCAAGAGAGUAUGCGAGCCUGUGAAUGGGCGUGUCACCAUCUUUUGUCUGCUAACCCAAAUGCCCGCCACUCCUAUAAUUUCACUCUCCUUCAUGUUCAAUCUCCUGCUUGUGUUUCAUCUGGCCCAGCUUACAUCUUGAACAGUGAGGUGCUUCAUCUUCUGGAAUAUGAUGAACUUAGAAAUACCCAAAAGUCAUUGAAGCGAGCUCUGGAUAUCUGUAGUUAUUAUGAUGUUAAGGCAGAAACCCAUGUUGUAAUUGAGGAACCAAAGAAGAAGAUCUGUGAAGCUGCUCACAAGUUGGGAGCAAUUUUUCUGGUAAUGGGUAGCCAUGGCCGUGGUCCUUUUCUCAGAGCAAUCAUGGGAAGUGUGAGUGAUUACUGCUCACAGAAUGCCACAUGCCCUGUUGUUGUUGUGAACAAAAAGGUUUUGUAAGGAUGGAAAUCAAGAUCAUGCCCUUUCCGAGUCACUGUAAUAAUGUCUGAAAUAAGAGAUUUGAAGAAGCUAACUGAGGCCAUGCUGAGGCUUUUCAACUGGGAAACAUGUGGUUGCCACGCUACAUUUUCCCCCUCUUAAACACUGAUAAAUCCCAUAAUCAGGUUUCAAGUCAUGAGUAUGGUUUAAUGGACCAGCUGAAUGAGAGUACUUUUUCAAUUUUGCUUGUUGGGCAUGCAUCAUCUUGAGCCUUCAAGAUGCAGCAAUCAAGCAUGUUGCAUAGCUAGUCAUCAAUCUUUGGAUCCAAUCUAUUGUAAUAGGUAUCUUAGGCACAAAAGGAAGAUCAGAUAUAUUACUGAUUUAUUAUUUUCAGUACUAGAGAUCAAUGGAGAACUGAAACUAAUAGAAUCUGUUCUGAGCCA